CCGAGCCCAGGCGCCUCCCCGCCCCCUUCUCGCGCUCCGCGGCGGCAGCAAUAGCAGCAAUAUGGCUGUUGAUGGGUGUUCGGGGUGGUGCCGGCGGCGGGAGGCGCUCCCCCGCGCCCCUGCGCCGGCUGCCCGUUGCUAGCUAUGGCAAAUGGUGGCGGCGGCGGCGGCGGCGGCGGAGGCAGCAGUCUUAGAAUGAGCAGCAAUAUCCACGCGAACCAUCUCAGCCUAGACGCGUCCUCCUCCUCCUCUUCUUCCUCCUCCUCCUCUUCCUCCUCGUCCUCGGUCCACGAGCCCAAGAUGGAUGCGCUCAUCAUCCCGGUGACCAUGGAGGUGCCGUGCGACAGCCGGGGCCAACGCAUGUGGUGGGCUUUCCUGGCCUCCUCCAUGGUGACUUUCUUCGGCGGCCUCUUCAUCAUCUUGCUCUGGAGGACGCUCAAGUACCUGUGGACCGUUUGCUGCCACUGCGGGGGCAAAACGAAGGAGGCCCAGAAGAUUAACAAUGGCUCAAGCCAGGCGGAUGGCACUCUCAAGCCCGUGGAUGAAAAAGAGGAGGCGGUGGCGGCCGAGGUCGGCUGGAUGACCUCCGUGAAAGACUGGGCGGGGGUGAUGAUAUCUGCCCAGACGCUGACUGGCAGAGUCCUGGUUGUCUUAGUCUUUGCUCUCAGCAUUGGUGCACUUGUAAUAUACUUCAUAGAUUCGUCAAACCCAAUAGAAUCCUGCCAGAAUUUCUACAAAGAUUUCACAUUACAGAUCGACAUGGCUUUCAACGUAUUCUUCCUUCUCUACUUUGGCUUGCGGUUUAUUGCAGCCAACGAUAAGCUAUGGUUCUGGCUUGAAGUGAACUCUGUAGUAGAUUUCUUCACGGUCCCCCCUGUGUUCGUGUCUGUAUACUUAAACAGAAGUUGGCUUGGUUUGAGAUUUUUAAGAGCUCUCAGACUGAUCCAGUUUUCAGAAAUUUUACAGUUUCUGAAUAUCCUGAAAACAAGUAAUUCCAUCAAGCUGGUGAAUCUGCUCUCCAUUUUUAUCAGCACGUGGCUCACAGCAGCCGGGUUCAUCCAUUUGGUGGAGAAUUCAGGGGACCCAUGGGAAAAUUUCCAAAACAACCAGGCUCUUACCUACUGGGAAUGUGUCUAUCUGCUCAUGGUGACCAUGUCCACUGUUGGUUACGGGGAUGUUUAUGCAAAAACCACUCUCGGGCGUCUCUUCAUGGUCUUCUUCAUCCUCGGGGGACUGGCCAUGUUUGCCAGCUACGUCCCUGAAAUCAUAGAGUUAAUAGGAAACCGCAAGAAAUACGGGGGCUCCUAUAGUGCGGUUAGUGGAAGAAAGCACAUAGUGGUCUGUGGACACAUCACGCUGGAAAGCGUCUCCAACUUCCUUAAGGACUUUCUGCACAAGGACCGGGACGAUGUCAACGUGGAGAUCGUCUUUCUUCACAAUAUCUCCCCUAACCUGGAGCUGGAAGCUCUGUUCAAACGACAUUUUACUCAGGUGGAGUUUUAUCAGGGUUCAGUCCUCAAUCCACAUGACCUUGCGAGAGUCAAGAUAGAGUCAGCAGAUGCGUGCCUCAUCCUUGCCAAUAAGUACUGCGCAGACCCCGACGCCGAAGAUGCCUCCAACAUCAUGAGAGUCAUCUCCAUAAAGAACUACCACCCGAAGAUAAGAAUCAUCACUCAGAUGCUGCAGUAUCACAAUAAGGCCCAUCUGCUAAACAUCCCGAGCUGGAAUUGGAAAGAGGGGGAUGAUGCAAUCUGCCUCGCAGAGCUGAAGCUGGGGUUCAUCGCCCAGAGUUGCCUGGCUCAAGGGCUCUCCACCAUGCUCGCCAACCUCUUCUCCAUGAGGUCAUUCAUAAAGAUUGAGGAAGACACAUGGCAGAAAUACUACUUGGAAGGAGUCUCAAAUGAAAUGUACACAGAAUAUCUCUCCAGUGCCUUUGUGGGUCUGUCCUUCCCUACUGUUUGUGAGCUGUGUUUUGUGAAGCUCAAGCUUCUCAUGAUAGCCAUUGAGUACAAGUCCGCCAAUCGAGAGAGCCGUAUAUUAAUUAAUCCUGGAAACCAUCUUAAGAUCCAAGAAGGUACUUUAGGAUUUUUCAUCGCAAGUGAUGCCAAAGAAGUUAAAAGGGCAUUUUUUUACUGCAAGGCCUGUCAUGAUGACAUCACGGAUCCCAAAAGGAUAAAAAAAUGCGGCUGCAAACGGCUUGAAGAUGAGCAGCCGUCGACACUGUCACCCAAAAAAAAGCAGCGCAACGGAGGCAUGCGGAACUCACCCAGCUCCUCGCCCAAGCUGAUGAGGCAUGACCCCUUGUUAAUUCCUGGCAAUGAUCAGAUUGACAACAUGGACUCCAAUGUGAAGAAAUAUGACUCUACUGGGAUGUUUCACUGGUGUGCACCCAAGGAGAUAGAGAAAGUCAUCCUGACCCGAAGUGAAGCUGCCAUGACCGUCCUGAGUGGCCACGUGGUGGUCUGCAUCUUUGGUGAUGUCAGUUCUGCCCUGAUUGGUCUUCGGAACCUGGUGAUGCCACUCCGUGCCAGCAACUUUCACUACCACGAGCUCAAGCACAUUGUGUUUGUGGGUUCCAUCGAGUACCUCAAGCGGGAAUGGGAGACACUACAUAACUUCCCCAAGGUUUCCAUCUUGCCUGGUACGCCAUUAAGUCGGGCUGAUUUAAGGGCCGUCAACAUCAACCUCUGUGACAUGUGCGUUAUCCUGUCAGCCAAUCAGAAUAAUAUUGAUGAUACUUCGCUGCAGGACAAGGAAUGCAUCUUGGCGUCACUCAACAUCAAAUCUAUGCAGUUUGAUGACAGCAUCGGGGUCUUGCAGGCUAAUUCCCAAGGGUUCACACCUCCAGGAAUGGACCGAUCCUCCCCAGAUAACAGCCCGGUACAUGGAAUGUUACGCCAGCCCUCCAUCACGACUGGGGUCAACAUCCCCAUCAUCACUGAACUAGCUAAACCUGGCAAGUUGCCUUUGGUAUCAGUCAAUCAGGAAAAAAACAGUGGGACGCACAUUCUAAUGAUAACCGAACUGGUGAACGAUACUAAUGUUCAGUUUUUGGACCAAGACGAUGACGAUGACCCCGACACAGAACUGUACCUCACGCAGCCGUUUGCAUGUGGGACAGCAUUCGCCGUCAGUGUCCUGGAUUCGCUCAUGAGCGCAACAUACUUCAAUGACAACAUCCUUACCCUGAUACGGACCCUGGUGACUGGAGGAGCCACACCAGAGCUGGAGGCUUUGAUUGCCGAGGAGAAUGCACUGCGCGGGGGCUAUAGCACCCCCCAGACGCUGGCCAACAGGGACCGCUGCCGUGUGGCCCAGUUAGCGCUGCUGGACGGGCCCUUUGCAGACCUGGGGGAUGGUGGUUGUUAUGGUGAUCUGUUCUGCAAAGCUCUGAAAACAUACAAUAUGCUUUGUUUUGGAAUUUAUCGGCUGAGAGAUGCUCACCUCAGCACCCCCAGCCAAUGCACAAAGAGGUAUGUCAUCACCAACCCCCCGUACGAGUUUGAGCUCGUGCCGACGGACCUGAUCUUCUGCUUAAUGCAGUUUGACCACAACGCCGGCCAGUCCCGGGCCAGCCUCUCCCAUUCCUCCCACUCGUCCCAGUCCUCUAGCAAGAAGAGCUCCUCUGUCCACUCCAUCCCAUCCACGGCAAACCGACAGAACCGGCCCAAGUCCCGGGAGUCCCGAGACAAACAGAAUGCAACAAGGAUGAAUAGAAUGGGCCAAGAAAAGAAAUGGUUUACAGAUGAACCGGAUAAUGCCUAUCCCAGAAACAUUCAAAUCAAGCCCAUGAGUACCCACAUGGCUAACCAGAUCAACCAAUAUAAAUCCACAAGCAGCUUGAUUCCACCAAUCAGAGAAGUUGAAGAUGAAUGUUGACUCCCAGGAGACCAGAACUAUUUUUUUUAAAGCCUGACAAACUUCAUAAAUGGUGACGUGACUUUUCUUCCUCUUAACAUGCUUUAUCACUGGUGGAAACGUUAGGAUAAGCAAGAAUUGCAAGAAAAAUAGACAGAUCUUUCUCCUUGUCUGCCUUGAAUAUUGCUUCCAUGUAUUUUGGAAAAGAAAAUGAUUUCACUUAUAAAUGAACAUACUAAAAUAGUCCUGUAUAGCCUCUAGCAUUUUAAAUUAUUUUUAUUUAUUAGAAAGAAAAUAUAUAUUUUUUCUUUUUUUCUCAUUGUCAAAUAUCUUCCCUAUAUCUAACAAUGCAAAAUCAAAAUGCCUAAGUGGCCAGACUCCUUAAUGCAUACUUCUCUUCUUUAUCUCUUUCUUUGAGGAGAGUGAUGGUCACCACCACAAUUAAUUGUAAUUAAGGAAACUGGAUUAUUAAGGCAAUUUUAAAAUGGCCCAAUAAUGUAAACAUGUAUUUUAGUAAAUUAAAAAAAAAAAAGACAAAAGGGGGCAGGUGAAUUUCCUGGAUGGACGUGUAUUUUGGCUACACUGACACCAGCUGUUAAUAAAUGGAAACACUUAUUUUCACAUUCAAAAGUCAUAUUUUUGUAGUUUUAGUUUUCAUCCUGUAUUUCUUAUCCUUUUGUUCAUAUAUUUAAAGGGGAGACCUUCUUGCAGCUUUUCUACAAAUGCCAGAUCGGGUUUACCCUGCCAACUAACAAUACCAGGAGGGUUGUGAGCAUGCCUGGGAUGUGGAAGUUGAGGACCAGAUGCACAGAAGACAUUUCUCUGUUUGUUGUCCAAUGGCGGGGACUCCUACAUGCUGUUAUGCUUCUCAUUUCAUAUCUCCAAACCAACCGAGCAAGUAAUUUCAACUUUGGUAAGGUCUGGUGGACUCUCUCCCUAUCUCCCAAGUCCAGGGCUUUUAGCCUGAAAGUUUGUAAACAUCAAUUAACAGUUCUACUUAAGAAUAGGAUGGGAUAACACAUUUAUGAGAUUCACUGAGUUUUUGUGUAAAAGCCAGAAAAGUUUCGUGAUCGAGGAGACGACUUUUGCCCAGAUCUAAAUUUUGCAGGCUUUUUCUUUAGUUGCUGGGACAAAACACACAAACUUGUUACAGAAACCUAAAAAAUAAUAACACAAGGACAGCUACGAAUACACUUAAUACAGACUAUUAGAAAAGGCCUUUAAAAAUUACCAGCGAUGAAAUCCUAUGUAUCAGCCACUUCAAACUGUGGUCAAAAAAGAUUUCUCUAGCCAUCAGACACAAUUCUAAUGUGUCUGAGCUCUGAUGUUUGCAUGCUCAGUGUCACGGCAUCCCAGCAAUUAUUCCAUUCCAAACGAUUUUCAACUUCAAAAUGGUAAGUCUUUGAUAGAAUCAUCAGGGUCUCUGGAGCAGCAUGAGUAUGAUUUUUAUUUUCUUAAAAAUGUUAAUUGUGGACACUAAAAAAAAAAACUAACCAAAAUAUCCCCUGAAAGUCCCAUGCUAUCUCUUCCAUUAGGCCAUGACCCCGUGGUACAUAGUAUGUUACUGCAAAUCAGAUCAGAGCCAAGCAAUGAAACCAUCAUGAAAACAUGUCCACUAAGUACUCCAAUUACCACCAUAGGCAAAAUGAGCUUCCAACUCUGUCCGGUCCCUGCAGAGCCAAUGUCGUGUUUCCACCUUGUAGGCAUCGUCCUGAAGUGACUUGUCAGACUGUGGUUACCCUGUCGUCACAUUUUGUAGAAUUAGUCCUAUAAAAGUAUUGUGAAUAUAAUGUAUGUCCAAUUGGAUCGUUUAAAAACUACUUAUAACCAAUCACUAGUCUACUCAGCAGACUAAAAUGAUGUCAGCAGUCUCUAUUCAGGCUUAUACACAUUUCUUGGUUUCCAACAGAAGUAAAAUGGGUUUGUGGGGGUGAAUCCCUUGCUAAGAUUUGACAACUUUUCUGAAAGCUAGGCCUUCUUCUAUUAUACAUAAUAAUUUUGCAUUGGGGUCACCUUCGUAUACAUUCUUAGUACAUCAACCCACGCUCUUUUUUCCUUCAUGAACCCUAGUAGGUUACUGAUAACUUGAAAACCAUUUCUGAAUUUGUCUUAACUAUUUGGUCUCCUCUGGCAGGCAGUGAUGGCCACCACCUAAAUGUCCUUCCAUUAGAGAACGUUAGGCCACAAUGUCCUAUGCCCGCUGCCCUCUCUUCCCCAUCUCUCCAAACCGAGGCACAAUGGAAAUGCAAAUUCAAACUCCAUGCUCUUCACAGCUACAGGUUUGAAUAUAAACUUUUUUUUUUUUUAAUCAAAAUGGUGAAGAUAGUUUCCUAAAGCAAAGGGCUCUCCUUCAAAAACCAGUUGGCAAGAAUCCAUUUCCUUCUAAGGUAGAACAAAGUCAUGCUGUUUUGCCUUUGUUAAUAAUCAAUUGUUAGGGGCAAGGAAACACAACUAUGCAUUUUUUUAAAAGGAAAUCUAUAAAAAUGGCUGGUUGUUGGCUCCUUUGGCAAAAACUCAUACCUGGUAGAUGGCAAAUGAAACAAAAGCAGGAACAAGAUUAUAAGAUCAUUGAAGGGCUUGGAGAAAUGCCAGAGCUUCCUGGUUUGUUUCUAUUUGUUGAGCUCUCUGGCCUAGAAGAAGUCCUUACCACCCUCUGACAGACUCCUCUUCCUGGCUAUAUUCAGCAUAGACCAAUGAUGGCUAUCAUUGGUGUAGUCUGUGUUAUAAGGCUCUGAUGUCCCAUCCCACUUUAGGAUUCCAGAAAAACCAUUUUCCCAAAUUAAUAACUCAAGUGCUUUGGGAAUCAGACUCUACAACAGGCUAUUGAAAAAGCAGAAAGCACCUACUUAUAAAAGCAUCAUCAUCAUCUUUUUCAUUAAGAUAACUCUUACUUUCAUCUGAGCAAUUUUGUAUUUUAAAAUAGUCUCGAGCCAAGAUAAAACACCUUCAGUAAAAGUGGUUGUGACUAAGGCAUAGAGGGAACACCCAGAAGCUCUUUCCUUCCAAAGCUUGGGGCAUCUUAUGAUGUACUUUGUAAAAAAUUUAAUUGAGGACUUUAAACAAACAGGGAAUUAGAACUGUUUGGUUAGGGUUAGAAGGGAAGAAAGUGAGAAGGCAUAAGAACAUUGGGGAUGUUUUCAUGUCAAAAAGCAAAAGAGUCCAAGUUUCCUACUUACGGUUUAAUUAUGAUGGUUCAACAAGCUACAUCUGCAGAUAACUAGCUCUACGCUUAGAAGAUGUUCUUGAAACUCUCUGAGUCUCAGUGACCUCAUUUGUAAAUGAAAGUGAUUCAUCUAGAUGACCCCUAAGGUCCUUUUCAGAUCGGAGAGGAUGUGAUCUGAGUUAAAAGUGGGAGCUUGGAGAAAAUCCCUUUCUGUCCUUCCUGCAGCAUCACCUAAGCAGUGCCUCUUCUGCUCCGGGCACAUGAUAGUUAGAUUUGUUCCUCUGCUUUACAUUUCAGAAUCUUUUUAGGUUCAAAAUACAAAUUUCAAAUUUUAAAGUCACCUGAAUCAUUUUGAUGUGAUUUUUCUGUGUAUUCUUAGGAUUUUCUUCUCAAUUUCAUCCCAGUCUGCCUUUUUUUAUUAUCUCAAUUUCCAUCAAUCCCUUCCUCUCUAACCCAUAUCUCCAAUAUGUAGUUAGAGGCUCACAACCCCCAGAUUCUGGAUAUGAAUCUAGGCACUAAGAAGUUACUAGUCUGUUACUAGUCUUACUUCUCACUUCAUUUCCUGUCCUCUGUUUAUUUGAUUUUUUUUCCCUCUCAUUAGUAAACCAACUAUUUCUUUGCUACAUUUCUAACGUUUAUCUACCAUUUUUCUUUGUCAAAGAGAAUCUCAGUUUAAAAAAAAGAAGGAACAAAAGGAGGCAGAGGGGUAGAAAGAGAGAAAAAAAUACAAACCAACUGGGAUGUAAGUCACCUUACCUUAUAAGUGACUGAACAAAUCAUUCAAAUUGGACAUGGUAUUCCACUGCAGAGUCUGUCCAUUCUCUAUGGAAGCAGAGGGAAACUAAGAUGAGACUUCAGAGAAGGCACUAGAAACUAACUUGUCUUCAGGGCCAAGCUAAGAUGUUGAGGCUUCAUCUAGAAAGUUAUGGAAAGUCACUAAGCGUUUUAAACAAAGAGUAAUGAAUUGAACCUGUGCAAAAAAUGAACCUGUGCAUUUUUAGAUCAUCUGUUUUGAGAAGCCAGUUCUUCCUGGAAGUCAUCAAGGGCAGAUAUGCAGGGCUGAACAUUUUCUCAGCAGCAUGGAGUUCUCAAAGUCAAAGACUCCAACUCAAACAAACUCCAAGUGAAAACACAGCAUGUGAAGUCCUACCUUCCUCAAAUAAGUGUUACUGAUCCUCAUAGCUGUAGAAGCUCCACUGGAAGUACAGAAGUUGGUUUAAGAGCUGGGAGUUGGGGCAAUGGUAGUGAAUCUAGAAACGGUCCUUUGUGAAAGGAACACUUCAUUCGGACCUCAAUACAAGAAACUUGUGGAGGAGCAGGAAAGAAUGCAGGCAGCUGAGAACUGUUGUAUUAAUUAGUUCGAAGUGGAAGAAGCUGAGCGUUAUCUAAAAAGGCAGGUCUGGCAGUUGAAAGGCAUGGAGGAAAAUGGAGCUGAGAAGAGGGUCGCAGCAGGUCCUGUGGGAUCUGGACAUCAGAAGCACAGAGGUAUGUACGCAGUGUGUCUGGGUCUCUAAAGGAGGAAGGGUAGGUGUGGAGGAUUCUUUGAAGGCAGCAGAAUGUGGCAAUGGCAACUGGACUUUUACGGGCUAAAAGGAAAAAAAAGUAGAAGCUGCUGGGAAAGGAGAUCUCAGGUACUCCAGAAUCAGGAAAAGGGGAACUAAUAGAGAUGGAAACAUUAAGAGAAAGAGAGGGUGGGUCAUAUAUGAGGUUGGAAAUGAAAGAGACGGAGACUUGGGAGUAAGAAGUAAAAGGACUCACUUGAAGAGGGCAGGGACAUGGCCUGUUUCACUGUGGAGUCUGUCGGGAUGCCUGGCUCUGGCAGGCAGUCGGGUUGUAGUCUGUGUUACUUUGGAUACCGUAGGCGAGGGAGGUUGCACAGGACUUUUAGGUCACGGGAACUCCUCCCAGAGAAGGACCCGAAGGAGGGAUCCUGAGGUGUGCUUUCUCUUCUGCCUCCCUGUGCUCGCCCUUUCAUUGCUCCCCAUUCCCACAUCCUGGUGGCUCUGGUUUCAGCGUUGCUAAAACAGACGCGACAGACUGUUGUUUUCGUGGCUUUUCUGGACAUACAGCAUGAGGAGAGAGGGUUUUUGACUCGGUGAAACCAACCUUAAUUUCUAGGUGGAUUUCAAAUUUAAAAAGCCUUCCUUUGGUUUGUUUAUCCCCUUGAGGACGUCUGUGUUUCUUCCUCUCCACCUUGCUGCUUGGCAGAGCAGGGACAGAAGUGACGCCAAAGAUCCGCAGCGUGCCUGCCCGGGCCCGCUGCUCAGAAUCUCCGAUGGAAAUGUGCACAUGGCAGUGGCACACGCCUGCCGGAGCAAACCGGGGCGUCUGUCGGUGGGAUUCAGGGCCAGCGUGAGAAGGCAGCCGACAGGUUGGGGGAGCCCCGCCAAGGUUGAUGGAGCCCCAUUUCCACACCAAACCAAAGCACCCUGCCCCCCACCCCGCCCCAGAGCAGCCUGCCCCUUCCCUUCCUUCCACUGAGUACAGCCUGACACACUGGACCAGAACUGCAACAUUUCAAACAUAAACCAAGGUCGGCCUGGAAAUCCUAAUUAAAAACGUUCCAUUCCCAGGUGGCACAAUCACAUCCUGCGUAAAACUUCUGGCUCACAUCCCACCCCCCAGAUGCUGAAAGGAAAACCGUCCCUCACUUAACACCAAAACCUCCACUCAACGUUUCUUCAGGGGAUAAAGGUAAAAAAAAAAAAAGUAUGCUUACACAGAGGUCAGCCUACUUGUUCAUUAAGGAAAAAGAGCGUGGCUUAUUCAUCUGUCUUUCAAACGUUUGAUUGUUGGCAUGAUGAUGUUGAUGAUGGUGGAUUACUAGGACCUAACCAAAUCGGAGGAGAGACUAAAUGCUGGUGCUCUGAAAUGAUCUACCCUGUCAUCUGUAACAACCAGUGAUAACUCCCUUGUCUUGUAAAAAGGGUUUGUACAUAACUUGUACAUGG